AUAGCGGUCACUAUUUACAUUCGCCGUCUGCACUGUUGGGACGAAAUCUAACAAAGAUAUAUAUACUAUACUACCUUGGACAGCUUUUGUGUGAAGAAAUGAUACACUCAUAGUCAACAAUGGCUUGCAUCUACAUAAUUUCCCAGUUGGUUGCCUUUGUGGUGACACUUGCAUCAACCUCUCUGGCGUCAACAUGUCCGAUGGUACAGAAGACCAAUGCGCAGGUGGAACGUAGACUUCUCAAUGAAGGUUUCCACAGAGAUCUUGAGACAACUGUGUUCAUUUCAUCUCCAGAAGACUUGCAGUCUUGCAUAGUUCUCAUCAAAGACAUCUUCCCAUCAGGGGCAUAUGUUGACCCAAAUCAACUUCGAUUUAAUAAAGCAUUUGGUGGACCAGACUUCCAUGUUCCACAGGUCAUCAAUGUAGAGACACCAGAACACCAAUCACCAAGAGUAUUUGCAUACUUUUUCAAGCGGGCUUUACAUAUGGAAGAUGGACGAUGGCUGGUGAACAUGACCAUUCCUGUUCAUUUUCGUUACCACAGAGCUAGGAGUGGGGCGACUUAUCCUCUGGAAGUGCCUGUUCGCCUUCAGCACCCUGCUGUGUUCUUGCAGUGUGAAGAGGCUGGAGGGGAAGUCUGUAGGCCCUUGUUACAACUUGAGCCAUGCCCCCCAAGUGGCCCUGAACAGUGUGAAUGGCUUCCAGUUCAUACAUUUAGUACCACAGAGGCAGUUAUGGGUCUGAUACCAGUUGGUAACACAGACUCCUUGGACACUGUGCUUUUGGCUACUACCUCCAUCACUGCAGGGGCUACUCUACUCAUCUUGGCUGCACUUACCAAGAAUAGAAUUCCUCGUAGUUAGGAAGUGUGACUCUACAUGACCUAAGCUUUUUCCUGUAAAUUAAAUUUGAAAUACAGAAUGUAUUUUGUUCUUGUAUGCCAAAGAACUUUUUUUCAUAAAUCAGACAUGAAUAAUUAUUAUCAUUUGGAAUAUUAUGUAUGCAUUUUUAUGUAUGUAUGUAUUGUAAAUAUACCUCUUUGUGUACCAUUUUUUCUUUUUAUAGAAAGAUAAAUACACAUUUUUGUGAAUAUCUAGUCAUGACUACA